AUGAGGUGGCCCUCGUUGUUGGGAGUGAUUCUUUGUUGCGGGAAUCCAUUUGUGAUCCGAAGAUCGCGACAAAAUCGCAACGGUUCGAAGUGCGGGAGGGAGCCGGUCGAGUUGCCAUGUCAUGUCGACGAUUUGGACAAUGUGAGAAAAGAUGGAUCGGACAUGAUCUUAAUAAUCCGAAACGUCGAGCCGCAACACUCACGUCAAUUCACGUGCAAGUUGCCCGCCAACGACGCCUCGGUCGCCCAUGAAGUUGUCGUUGUUUCCUCGCCAAGUGUGAGUAUUUCGCCGGAUUUGAGCGAAAUGACCACGCGGAAGGGAGAUAAG